AAGGACAGCCUCCACUAAGCGGUGAAACUGAGGGGCUGAGAAACGCCCUUAAAGGAAUCAGAGGGAGUGAGGGAGUGAGUGAGAGAGAAAGAGAGAAGAUAGUUAUCAGAGGAGACCAAUUACAAUUGUAAAGAGCGAGAGAGAGAGAGAGAGAGAGAGAGAGAGAGAGAGAGAGAGAGAGAGAGAGAGAGAGAGAGAGAGAGAGAGAAGGAGGGAGAAAGGGAAAUAAAAAAAGAAUAGAAACUGCAGAAAGACAAAAACGUGCAUUGCCUGGUUCUCAACAGGGCGAAAGAAAUUAAAACAAGAAGGUUUUUUUUUUUCAGAGUUUUGUAAUACUAAUUAUAAACAUAUACAUAUACAUAUACAUAUAGUGUGUUUUAACGUUGUGCUCCAAAUCGCCGAUCAUGACGGCAGCUGUGGACAUGAAGCCGACGUUAAUGAUCAUAAAGACCGAAAAGGCGGAAGAACUGGAAUGUGGAGAUGUUCCCUUGCUCACACCCGGCAGUAAAGAGAUGAUGUCACAAGCCCUAAAGGCUACAUUUAGCGGAUUUACCAAGGAGCAGCAGCGGCUCGGAAUCCCCAAAGACCCCCAUCAGUGGACACAGAGCCACGUGGCGGAGUGGCUGACGUGGACGGCGAACGAGUUCAGCUUGAAGGACCUGGAGUUUCACAAGUUCUGCAUGAACGGCGCCAUGCUCUGUGCGCUGGGGAAGGAGCGCUUCUUAGAGCUCGCCCCAGACUUCGUAGGAGACAUUCUCUGGGAGCAUCUGGAGAUGCUGCAGAAAGAAGACGCGAAGCAUUUUCCUGUCAGCGGAUUAAGCUCCACUUUCCCAGAGUCGCGCUACUCCUCGGAUUACUUUGCUAGUUAUGGUAUUGAGCAUGCCCAGUGCGUGCCUCCCUCAGAGUACUCGGAGCCCGGUUUCAUCACAGAGUCCUACCAGACCCUGCACCCAAUCAGCUCCGAGGAGCUGCUGUCUCUGAAGUACGAGAGCGAUUACCCCUCUGUGAUCCUGCGCGACGCCCCACUCAACCCGCUGCAGGGAGACUACUUCUCCGUCAAGCAGGAGGUCAUCUCCCCGGACAACAUGUGCGUGGGCCGCAUCAGCCGAGGGAAGCUAGCCGGACAGGACUCAUUGGAGAGUAUCGAGAGCUUUGACAGCUGUGACCAUCUCACGCAGUCCUGGAGCAGCCAAUCGUCAUUCAGCAGCCUGCAGCGCGUGCCGUCCUACGACAGCUUCGACUCGGAGGACUACCCCAGCACCGUGCACGGCCACAAACCCAAAGGCACCUUCAAGGACUACGUGAGGGAGAGAGCCGACCUCAACAAGGACAAGCCUGUCAUCCCAGCCGCUGCACUCGCCGGCUACACAGGUAGCGGACCCAUCCAGCUCUGGCAGUUUCUGCUGGAGCUGCUGACGGACAAGUCGUGUCAGUCCUUCAUCAGCUGGACGGGGGAUGGCUGGGAGUUCAAACUCUCCGACCCCGAUGAGGUAGCCAGACGAUGGGGAAAACGGAAGAACAAGCCCAAGAUGAACUACGAGAAGUUGAGUCGAGGCCUGCGCUAUUACUAUGACAAAAACAUCAUCCACAAGACGUCAGGGAAGCGAUACGUGUACCGCUUCGUGUGUGACUUGAAAAGCCUGCUGGGGUACACGCCCGAGGAGCUGCACGCCAUGUUGGAUGUGAAACCGGACGUGGAUGAGUGAAACUGAGCGGAGGUGGGGUGGGGGGGGAGGUGUACGAAGGAAGGACCAGACUGAAGGCUUUACUGACAGAUUGGUGGGUGCGGUGGGAUUGAGUCUUGAGUUGCUUUUUUUUUUUUAAUGCAGAGCUGUUUGUCAAUUUACUUUCUGAGCUUUUCAAAAAGAAAAAGGGGUCAUUCCGUACACGUGCGACAAAGACAAACGUCCCCUCCAAAAAAUUGCAGCUCAAGACAGAGACAAAUGAAAAGCUAGCAAUUAAAAAAAUUAAUUAAUUUAAAAAAAAAAAAAAAAAAAAAAAAAAGUUUGAACAGUUUUGCUUUAAUAGCACGAGUAACUGACAUGGAAACAAGACAGAAGAGGGAGGAGAGGAUUCUGGGAUGGAAAAAAGAUGGACGGAAAUGUCCUGCUACGAAAACUGUUGCCAAAUAAAAUGAACUAUAUAGGUAUAUUAUCUGUGUUUGUUGUUGCUGUCUCACUCACUGACCCUCUGUCCACGUGAACAAAGGGGAACAAUUCUCAUCACUUGGGACCAAAAAAAAAUGUAAUUUUUAAUUAUUGUUAUUAUUAUUAUUAUUAAUAUUAUUAUUGUCAUUUUUAUACAAGUCUGUGCCAGUAUUCCUAUUGUGUCUUAAGCUCAUGUCUAAACUGAAUUCAGUAUUGUAUUUUUGUGGCCAAGUUAUCCGUGUGUACGUUUUUAAAAUAGAUGAAGGUAAAUGUAUAUUAGACCCCAUCGAAAAAGGAUUUUUUACAAACCACAGUGUAAGUACAUCUCCUUAAGACUGGAGAUGGAGAAGGAAUGAGAAAUUCUGUGCACAGAGCUGGAUAAUGGUUCAUUUUUAAAGGGUAAACCACCCGAUUGUUCUUGUACAACACUGGAGUCAAUGACGCAUAGUAUUGGCCACUUAUUUGCAUAGAGGUGUCCACUCCCAUCAACUUAAAAGCACUCGCCACCUCAUACCAAAAGCAACUGGUUUAGAUAAAUCGAAAGUCUCGGAUAAAAAUCUACCUGACUUCUGUAACAGCAGCAACUGACAGAGCCACCUGCUCUCCGUGUGAAAGGUUUUACUGCAAAAAGUAGCAACGUGCAGACAUCGAAAGGCAUUAAUAAAGAGUAGCCAGUCAGAUCUGUACAUGUCUGUUUGCUGGAGUUCUACCAGAUUGUAUUGUGCUGUUGCACGCUGGCCCUGUGUGCAGGAUUGCUAAACAUGUCAUAAUGAUCUGCAAAAUGUGCUUUCUUAUAUUCCUAUUGAGAGUGUUAUUUUUUUUAAAUAAAAUUGCUACAAAACUAUCCCUUUUAA